AUGUCAUCAUGGCUGGCUCGUUCCCUUGCAAACUCUCUCCGACUCGACGAUGACGGUAACAAUGAAAACGACGUCGUAAGCGACCCUCCAACAACCUCCCCCAGAAACCACCCUCAACAAAAUCAAUCACAAGGUAAUGCAAUUGAAUCACAAUCACAGCAUCAUCACGAUGAUGAUGAUGAUGAUGAUGAUGAUGAAACGCAAGGUCGUGGUGUUAAAGAAGACCUCGAUGAAAUCAAACAAACCCUAACUCGUCAAUUUUGGGGAAUGGCUUCGUUUCUCGCUCCUCCCCCAACAACUUCUCAAUCCGAUCACACUUUCCCUCACAAACGAGAAGAGGAAGAAGAAGAAUAUCAACGACAAUUUGAUGACGCUGCAAUUUCGAAUCAAUCUUUGGAUAUGGAACAAGCUGCGCUCCGCGAGGAUGAUCCUGACCCGAAUUCGAAUACAUUUGGAUCCGAUUCGGAAGGAGACCGGGAGCAGGAGUUUGAUAUACCAUGCGCGGUUGGAAUUACGGAGGAGGUAUUGACCUUUGCCUUGAAUAUUGCUAUGCAUCCUGAGACGUGGCUGGAUUUUCCUAUUGAUGAGGAAGAUGAUACCGAUGAUUUUUACAUGACCGAAGCCCAACAAGAGCAUGCUUUGGUCAUUGAAAGACUUGCUCCGAGAUUAGCUGCACUCAGAAUUGAACUGUGCCCUUGUCAUAUGAGUGAAAGUUACUUCUGGAAAGUCUAUUUUGUACUUUUGCAUUCAAGGCUUAAUAAACAAGAUUCAGAGGUUUUGUCUACACCCUGGGUCAUGGAAGCCAGAGCGACAUGGAUGCAGGAAUUGCACAAACAGACAAAGCCUGAAUUUGAAAUCUUCGGAAGAAGUGAUCUCUACUCAAGAGAAAAUGCUCAGCAUCAUGAUUCUACUCCCAGCUUAUCAGAUGACACCUAUUCUGAUGACAUGCCUCACCAGACAUACGGAUAUAGAACAGACUCUUUGUCUGUGAGGGCAGAUAAUGAAUCUGAGAAGCACACAGUCGAAAGUUCUGGAUCACAUUUCUCUGUUAAGUCAGUUUUUGAAGAAAAUCCAAUUAUUAAAAAUGAAAACAAGGAUCUGAAAAGUGGUCGACGGUCUCAAAUUAUCAUUCAAGACUAUGAUGAUGACGACGAUGAUGAUUGGCCAGAGGAUGAUUCUGACUUAGGGGGGUAUGGUAGAACAACACUCCCUAUUGUCAAUGAAGAAGACAUAUCUUUCAGUGAUCUAGAGGAUGAUGAUUUUGGCAUUAAACAUGUUAGUGCCAAUCCAGAUUCAAAGGUUGUAUAA